UGUGAAAUUGCGAUGAGUAGACAGCACCAAGGUCAUAGCUGUUUGACAGGCAGGAGUUCAGCUUCAACUUUUUGCUCUUGGAAGGACACGUCAGUGGGCGAGCAGCCAUGGUGCUGUUUCACCUCCCUCUCCCCUUCCUCCUCCUCCUCCUCUUCCUCUCUCCCCUUGCCUGCACCUGUCAGUCACCAACCUCCACACAUGGAGUUGUCCUCCCUGACGCCCCCCUGCCUGCUGUGGCUGCAGCAGGUCCGAUCCUGCAGGACCGGCCCUUCGUUGUGGUGUGGAACAUGCCCACCAAACAGUGUCACAGACGCUACAACAUCCACCUGGACCUGGGCAACUUUGAUAUUGUGGAGAACCGGCAGCAGCGCUUCCAGGGACAGAAAAUGACCAUCUUCUACCGUGACCGCCUGGGGCAAUACCCAUACCUCUCCCGAGACGGCACGCAGGUAAACGGAGGGAUACCGCAGCUCAGCGACCUCUCGGCUCACCUUUCCCUUGCACUGACGCAGAUUUCCAACUUGCUGAAGCCAGACUUCAGCGGUUCAGCCGUCAUCGACUGGGAAGAGUGGCAGCCAUUGUGGGAGAGAAACUUUGGAGCCAGGAUGAAGUACCGGAGGCAGUCCAAGCGGCUGGUGAGACAGGAGAGACCGGAUUUGUCAGAGAAGGCCAUAACGCUGUUGGCAAGGCAAAAGUUUGAGGAGUGUGCUCGGAGGUUCAUGGAGGAGACGCUGCGGUUGGCAGUUGGGACUCGCCCCGAGGGACUCUGGGGGUUUUAUGGUUUUCCUGCCUGCUUUAAUAAGCACAAGAGGAAGACAGAUAAAAGCUACAUGGGACGCUGCCACAGGGGAACCAAGAAGCAAAAUGACCAGCUGUCCUGGCUCUGGCGUCAGUCCACUGCCCUCUAUCCCAGCGUCUACCUGCCUCGGCGGCUGGCAGGAUCCCCAGAUGCAGCUCUGAUGGUCAGACACAGACUGCUGGAGGCCUUGAGGGUGGCGUCAGUUUGGCGCUAUGGCAACUACACCAACCAUGCCACACCAGUCCUUCCCUACGCCAGGCUAGCAUUCACACACACUCUCACUUUUCUUAAUAAGACGGACCUGGUGCACACACUGGGGGAGAGUGCGGCACUGGGAGCUGCUGGAGUGGUGCUGUGGGGUGAAAUGAAAUUUGCCAAAUCCAAGCAUCAGUGCAUCCUUCUCAGAGACUACAUACGCACUGUCUUGGGUCCCCUCGUCCAGUCGCUGAGGUCUGACACAAUGCGCUGCAGCCUCCAACUUUGCCACGGCAAAGGACGCUGCGCCAGGCGAAUCCCCAACUCUGGAUACCUGUUCUCCUCAGUUCCAGCCAUGACCUCCAACCCCACCGAAAGCAAACCUUUUCACGACCACUUCAUGUGUCAGUGUUACCCGGGCUGGACCGGCCAGCAGUGUCAAGAAGAAGAAUGAUGAAAACAGACAGGGGAGCAUGUAACCCAAACUCUUCUGUCAAGUUGCCAUCGCCAAUUAAAGUAUUAAAAUUCACAACACAGAAAUAUGUAUGAAAAUCAGUUAUUCAUUUAUAAUUCCUUCAAAGUGAAGGAAUCACUAUUUAUGAAUGUAUUACUCUUACAUUCUCAGUUAGCAACUCAUUUUUGUUUUCAUAAUUUUUCUCUUUACUUUUUGUUGGUGGAAGAAAUAACAAAGAUAUGAGAAUCUUGUUCUAACGACACUGCCGCGAUCUUUUUGCAGCAGCAAACAACUACAUGUAAUGGCUGAGCCUGAGGAUAGUAACUCACCUUAAACCGGUUCCUUUUAAAAGA